UUAAUCAACGAAUUGAAGAUCAAAAUUCUAACCACAAAGAGAGUAAUCAAAUAAAUUUAGAAAAGACAGAUGAAGUACAUUGUAAUCAGGAUGCAACUAUUAAAGAAAGCUAUGAUCAAUAUCAAAAUGACGAGAACAAUCAAGAAACAAAUGGUGAAGCAAUUACCUCAGCUGAUCUUACUAAAAUGGACAGAGAGCUUCUUGAAAAUUUUCGUUCUAAGAUAGAUAGGAUUAAGUAUACUCUUUGUCUUACAUGUAAUGAGUGCUUUCCAUCAAUUGUGCUAGUUAAGGGCGAAUACCAGAUCUAA